AACCGAGCAGGUUGUGCGUAAUAACGGUACUCUCUCGCAAGUAGAUAUUUGUUCGAGCUUCACCGGAAAUGUUCAAAACGUUUAUUAAAAAUCGUCUGUUGAAUCAAAACGAUUUGAAUUAAUUUGACCAGUUUAAAUUUGAAGGAAACAUCUGGCUAACUAGUCUAGUUUAGAUGAUAAUAAUAUCUGCGAUAGUGAAAAACAAAUAGCAACUUGUAGUGUAAAAACAACAAUAAUUCUCAAUUUGUGUGUGUUCUGCCAUUUGUUUAAUCCUCUUGUGAGAAAAGGAUUCUAGGGCAGAGUGAGUGUGCAUAGGAUGUUAUUUUAAAAUAACUUAUAGUGAAAACAUAACACAAAGUCCAUCAGUAAGCGGAAUCAAGGUGUAGUUUUAGUAGUGCAACGUUACAAUAGUGAUGGAAAAGGAAUAAUACUGCAAUCAAAAAGCUGUAAUCGGCUUGUGUAACGGCUGUUGUUUUUUUUUUUUUUUUUUUUUUUUCUGGGAAAGCGGAUCAUGUAAACGAACAGUGCGUAAAACAGUGAAUGACGUGUGUGUUUUGAAACAACUCCGCUCGGAUUACAGUUAUAAUUCGAAACGCCAAACAAAAUCAAGCAAUACGCAAACAACAAGUAGGAGAGAAAGUUACUUAUCCACCAAAAAGCACAGUGUAUACACCACUGGCCGACAUCAUCGUUUCAGCAGCAACCGUCCGUAUCCCCCAGCAGUGGAUACAAAUUCCGAAAGUAGCCCUGAAUAAAUAAUGACAGAAGAAUCUUUCGUGUACGGUGUGGAGCUGAGAUCGCCUCCACCGACGACGGUUUUGCAGCAGCUGACCCAUUACGAACGUUUUCUCAAGAGCAAAGUUAUGUCAAAUCAAUUUCCGACCGCUCGUCAACACCACCAGCAGCAACAGCACGCGAAUGUCACACCGGCAUUCCCCUCGUCGCUGUUUCUCGAUUACGUAGCUUCGCUGAACCAGAGCUCGUCUAAUCUGACAAGUUCCAUCGGGGAAAUCCUCCAGCAGAACAUCCUCACCGAAUGGUCUCUUCGGGAAGCUGCCGCCAGCAACAACGGGACCAUCAUGCCCGGUUCCGUCGGAGUGGUGGUCGUCGUAACGACCGUCGGGAGUGCAACCUCCACGACAACUGUUUCCAACCGAACUGGUGGCGAUACAACGUUUCAAAAUAAUUUGAUUAUUCCAUUGUACGCAACAAUCUUUCUGCUGUCCGUUGUUGGCAAUUUGCUCGUAAUCCUAACAUUGGCACAGAACAAGCGAAUGCGAACCGUCACUAAUGUAUACUUGCUGAACUUGGCUAUAUCCGACCUGCUGCUGGGCGUCUUCUGUAUGCCGUUCACCCUCGUGGGCCAAGUGUUGCGAAAGUUUAUCUUCGGCGCCAUCAUGUGUAAGCUGAUACCCUACUUUCAAGCCGUCUCGGUGUCGGUGGCCGUGUGGACCCUGGUUGCAAUCUCGUUGGAGCGUUACUUCGCCAUCUGCCGCCCACUGUCGUCCCGCCGGUGGCAAACCCAGUUCCACGCCUACCGAAUGAUCGCCAUGGUAUGGCUGUUAAGUUUCCUGGUAAACUCGCCCCUCUGUUACGUUCAGCGGCUGCAACCAGUUCAACGGAAUGCACUCAAUAGCGGUCCAACCGGCAGCAGCAUAUCGAUGAAGUGUCGAGAGAUGUGGCCAGAUCGAACCUAUGAGCGAGUGUACGUGCUUUUCCUAGACGCUGGCCUGCUAGUGUUUCCACUCCUAACGAUGGGUUUCGCCUACUGCAUGAUCGUGUCGAAACUUUGGCGUGGGCUGCGACGGGAAAUUUCUCAUACAGCGCACCAGAACCAAAAACUGCCGAUAAACAGCGCUUUGAAGGAAACUCCUAGUGGUCUCAUAGUUGACAGCACCAUCAGCACAGCAAUCGGGAAAAAAUCAAUAUCAUCCAGAGCAGAAAACGCCUGCUAUCUGAAGACAUCGGCACCAAAUGCGCCAUCUGUUGGUUCCGGUAGUCGAGCAGCAGGUCAUGCAAAGCGUGUCAACGUCUCCUCUGGCAAAUUCGUUACUGACGGUUGUUCGUGGGCGGGAAAUCUAUACUCCAGCGAAAGAUCCACCACGGCGGCCGGUAUCAGUGGCAAAACCAGUAAUAACAAUAACUAUUGCUAUGCCAACAAUGUAAUCCAGCACUCGGCUCCUGGUGGUGCUUCCUCGUCCUCCUCCCUAACAGCUGUCAAGCGAGCAUCAAGAUUUCGGUUACUGCGUGAUUUUAUGAAGACCCACUAUCGAAGACAACCCAACGUGGUAAUCGUACAAAAAUCAAACAAUUUGCUCAUGAACAAAACCACAGGAAUGUUCACCUCUCCGGGCCGCUCCCAAAUGCUUGCAUGUGCUUCGACUAGCGGAAAACUAUACAACAACAGCAACGUCUACAGUGUUACUACCGAGACGACCCUGACCGAAAGAAUGGCAACCGCAACCGCAGGAACCCCAUCCACGGCAGUAUUACGCCCUGCUGCAGCGGUCUCUGAAAAUGGAACAAUGCAGACGUCCACACCGGAGACCGGCUUUCCGAACUCAGAUCAGGAUAAGUACAUAGCAACCACAUCGUUGGCUCGACAUGCCAUCCGAUCGACAUACAUGGACAAGAGCAUAGAAGCGAAAAAGAAAGUGAUCCGGAUGCUGUUUGUCAUCAUCGUUGAGUUUUUCGUCUGUUGGGCUCCACUGCACAUACUCAAUACGGUAUACCUCUACUCACCCGCUUUCGUGUACAAAUACGUCAGCAGCAAUGGUAUUGCUCUGGUGCAGCUUAUGGCCUACAUUAGUUCCUGCUGCAAUCCUAUUACCUACUGUUUCAUGAAUCGUCGGUUCCGGCAAGCUUUUCUCAACAUAUUCGGCUUCUAUCAGCAUCGGGCAAUCCGAUGUUUAUUCUGCGGUUUCCGUGCGGAGGAUGAGACACCGAAUGCCGAGCACAACUCUGCCGGUUCCCGGGCCGUACAGCAGGGCAACUCAUGUGGAACGGCGGGAGCAAACAAUUCCGACAUAUCGGGAAAUGAUUCCAUAACCUACAUCGGUCGCAGCAUCGUUCAGCGUUCCGAAAUCAUGGUGCUAGAAACCGAGGAUCGGGUUUAGCACCGGCUCGGACCACGUGACGAGUUCUGUUUCUCUGGUCAACUCCAUCAGCUCCAAUCGAAUCACGCAGGUGACGCAGAUCAUCGAAACAGACCCCGAGGAUGCAACAUUCCGCUUCAGAAUAACGUGGUCAAAAUCUUCCUCGUCGGCUAGCCAUCCCAAGCAAACCAACGGUUGUGAUAAAGAACGGUAUUCCUAAAUUAUUGUUCCCCUGUUAAGCUAGAGUAUAACAAAGAGAAAUUUAAGAAAAAAAAAUAGCAGUACCGUUUAAUCUGUAUCCUUGUGAUUUUAAGAAUAAUGCUCAAAAACUCUGAGUAAGAGUAAAUGUCUCCAAAUCAAAAAUUGAUGUUCAAUUGAGACGAUGUUCAAAGUUACUGUUUAAUUUUUAAAUUCCUUUUCCCUUGAACUGAAGCUGGUAGCCGGCGAUUUUUAGGUUGUAUUCCGAAUCUGUGUAUAAUGGCUAAUGUAACUUAAGCUGAAAAUUUAAUAUUAUAUUAUAUGUGAAUCUACAAUGUAAGUAAGUGUAAAUAUUUAGUAUUAAGCAGAACAUUUUAGGUUACGGCUAUACUUCAGACAAACAUAUUUCCAAGAUUAGGAAGCGAUUUCCUUCGGUUACACAGUCCAAUAAGUGUUCAAAUUUGACAGUGUGCAACAAGAUUGGAAAAGAAAUGUACCAUGUGAUAAAAAGCAAUC